AUCAAACCCCACAUUAACAAAUUAAAGUCACUUUCGAAAAGACCCUUUCAUUAUCUCCCUCACCUUUUCCCCAUACAUGAAGAAAUGGAUGGUUUACGGAGCAUGAAAGGUGAACCUCAAGUCACCCUCUCUCUCGCUCUCUCUCUCAUGCUUUAAUUCUCCAACACGAGAAGUUAAAUUUUAGUGAGUUGGGUAAUUGUUGGAGGGUCUAUUUUCAGUCCAUAAAUACCUGUCUGCUAGGCCAAACCCACUUAUUCCAUAUUUUGCAUCCUUUGUACCUGAGUUCAAGCUUUACACCAAAGAACUACAAUUAGUGCAGAUUCAUAAGCUUCCAACCAUGGACCUUCCAAAUCAAGCUCAAGAAGGGUCUUCUCAAAAGAAAAUGGGAAGAGGGAAGAUUGAAAUCAAACGGAUCGAGAACACCACAAAUAGGCAAGUCACCUUCUGCAAGCGUCGCAACGGUUUGCUGAAGAAAGCUUAUGAAUUAUCAGUUCUGUGUGAUGCUGAAGUUGCUCUUGUUGUCUUCUCAACUCGUGGCCGUUUGUAUGAGUAUGCCAACAACAGUGUUAGGGCAACUAUUGAAAGGUACAAAAAGGCAUGUGCUGCUUCCUCAAACGCAGAAUCCGUAUCUGAAGCUAAUACACAGUUUUACCAGCAAGAAUCAUCCAAAUUGAGGAGACAAAUUAGAGAUAUUCAGAAUCUAAACAGGCAUAUUCUUGGUGAAGCACUUGGUUCUCUGAGUCUCAAGGAACUAAAGAACCUGGAGGGUAGAUUGGAGAAAGGAUUAAGCAGAGUUAGAUCUAGAAAGCAUGAAACAUUGUUUGCUGAUGUCGAGUUCAUGCAAAAGCGGGAAAUUGAGCUGCAAAACCAUAAUAACUAUCUGCGAGCUAAGAUAGCUGAACAUGAGAGAGCUCAACAACAGCAAUCAAAUAUGAUGCAAGGAACACUGUGCGAGUCUCUUCCUUCACAAUCAUAUGACAGGAAUUUUUUCCCUGUAAAUCUCAUUGCUUCUGAUCAACAGUAUUCUCGUCAAGACCAGACUGCUCUACAACUUGUCUGAUAUGCUGGAAAAUAAAGCUACUACUGGAAGUUCUGCCACAAACCUUAUAACGGUUAAUUAAUCUAGCUAGCUAUUUGAAUAGUUACGCGUGUAGUGACUGUAUUGUGGAGAUCCAAUAAUGCCAUACAUGUCUGCUUUUCUUGAACAAGUAGUGACUUUAGAAUUUGCGUUGUUUACUAUAAAGGUCAUUAGACUGAACUAAAAAUGAACCAGCAUUUUGGACCCAUAUUUCAUACAAAUGUUUAUGUAUCCUUUAAUUAAUAAGAACUAGUUUCUAAACCUCA